AGCAUUGGUUGCAGUUCAUCACUGAUUGGUUGUUGUGUUUGCCUUCACUAUCAUAUCAGUGAUCGUAUGAUUGGUUUGUCUGUUAUGUAAACAACAGUAGAAGACAUCAAAUGAAUGACUGAUUCAUAUGUUUACCACUCAUUGCAUGAAGUGUUGAACCAUUAAUACAAACCAUUUGUAGUGAACGAGUAAACCAUGAAAUAUCUGCUGCUGUUGUCGUGUCUAACCAUUGGUGUGUCAGUGCAUGGAUUGCCGGCCCUCAGCACCGACACCACUGCGGCCAAC